AUGUCAAAUUCUUCAUCUUUAUCUACUCCUCCUAAAAAUGAAUAUUUCAUAAAACAACGUGAUUUACUAAUACAAGAAAUAUCUAACAAUUUAACUAAAAUACAUACAAACUUAGAAACUUUGAAUAGAUCAUUACAUGAACUGAAACAAAUAGGUAAAGAAUUUGAUGAUGUUGCUAGAUUAUGGUCUACAUUUUAUGAUGGGAUGAAUCGCCAAACAAGAGAGAGUACUCAUGAUGAAAAUAAUAAUAAAACAAAUUCUUCCGACAUAGAAGAUGAAAACAGCAACAACAACAACAUAUAG